CAAAACUCAAGAUGAAAACCAGAAGAAAAGAAGGCUACUUUACAGGCUUUUCAAGCUCCAAAACUCAAACCUCGAAGCUCUCCCUCUUUCUUUCUCUAAUGUCAAACAUUAGCCUAAUUAGAACUUAAAAGCUCUGAUCGUCGAGACCCACGUGAAACUCUCUGUCUAUGCCAGUCCUGGGAGGCUGGGAUCUUUACACCUUGAACAAGAAGUUUACUGGGUUGCAUUAUUUUUCUUCCCUGACUACUUGUCUUGCUUAAUUGGUGAUGAUAAAUAGAAAAUUUUGGAUCUUUAGUGUUGGGUUAUCAUGGGUAGUGAUGCAUAUAGUUGGAAAGCAGUGGCACAACCAACAGUGUCAGUAGCUCCUUUGAAUUUGGAGAGAGAAGAUCAGCAUUGGAGGCGUUUCGAUGACUCGAUGAAUGCUGUUUCGUUUGGGUUUGUGGCUACUGCUAUUCUCGUAUCAAUGUUCCUUAUCAUGGCCAUUUUCGAGAGGUUUCUCAGGCCAACAUCGUUGCCCUCCGGUGGCAGUACCACUCGCUCCGAUGUGGAGGCACAAAUGGUGUUCAAUCGCAAGAUUAGUUGUCCAUCGCCCAAAAUGACAAUCUAUGCAAAUGGGGUAUCUGUCUUGAUGCCUGGAGAAGAAAUUCCUACCUUCAUCGCACAGGCUGCUCCUAUGCCCUGUCCUCCUGAGCGUAUGUUACAGCCAUUUCAUCAACAUAGCCGAUCCUUCGUUCUGUAACAAUUCAAAGAGAGUAGCCUAACCUUUGACCUGAAAAAGAAGUGACCACCCAGAACACCGUUUUUCCCUAUUUGUAUGUAUGACUUCCAAUUUGUGAUUCUUCAAUGCCUAAUAUGAAUGUUAUCAGUGAAAUGGCAGGCCAAUGAUUAGCAUUUGUUGAUCUGUAUACAACAUUUUGGUCAUGGCUUGCUGCCUACUUGGAAUGAUGCUUGUGUGAAAUGAAAAUUUCCUCAUUUUCUGCUC